AUGCCAACGCGUCGCAAGCCAGUCCCACAAGCCAGUCCCAUAAACCCAAAGAAAAAUAAGAAUGAUCGAAUGGAACCAAAGCCCAAACCCAAACCAAAGAAACGGAAGUUCCGUCUAUGUCACUAUGCGCGAGCGUUAGGGCCGCCAAUCGCGGGUUAUUGGGAGCCACUCAUAAAGUCUCUAGUGGAAGCGGAGCAGGAAGGAGAAGAUGAAGAGGAUUCAUCAACACAACAACAAGAACACUCUUCACCACCACAAGCCAAGACUCCCUCACCCGUUUUAUUCAAGUUACGUUUUGGGGCUCAUAGUCAGGACGGGAUAGACUACGAAACUAAAGACAAUGGAAAGCUACGCACGAUCCUUCCUGACAGGGACUUGGAACCAGCCACUACACGUGAAGAAAUGAUUGCACAACUGAAUUCCUGUCCGGCAAACUACCACACCAAAAACAAAGACCUCACAAUAAUGCUUCAUCGACGCAAGCUCGACAAAGUUGAUUAUGGAGGGAAUGCAGACAAGAUUCAUAGGUUGGUGCUUGAUGACGAUGUGGACCGAGAUACUGGAGAUCAGGGAGAAUCUGAACUGUAUGCUCACAUUUGGGCAUUCAACUGGAUUAUGAAGAGGCUUGUUGCCGAACAGGAGAAGCUUAUAAAAAAGUCGCCAUACAUAGAUAAGGAUGACAACGAACUUCGAUCGCUGUUACAGGGAAGGCAAUCGCCACUGAUGUGGGAUGAGCCAGUAAGAACGUCGAAUACCAGACCUGCGAUGUUGAAAAGGCUUAUAGACCAGCACUAUGAUGGUCUUCAAAAAGAUCUUGAUGAUGCAGAAGCCGAGCGUGAUACUUUGAUGACGGAUUUGGAAGAGCGAAUCGGUCACACUGUGGAUGUGGAUGAAGCCCUCGCAAGAGAAGAACAACAGCGAAAGGAUCAGUGGAAGAAUUUACCAAUUAUCGACCCUCAAGUCCCACCAAUGAUGUUUCCAAACAGAAUGCCUGACGGACAAGAAGUUGACUAUACGAAGUAUAAAACGGCGGAACUCGUCGACAUGGCCAAAAAAGAGCACAUCCCUUACGGAGGAUCAAGAGAUGAUUUAAUAUACCGCCUAAGCAAGUCGCGAAAAGAAGCUCUAAUCGCCCAGGCACAGAGUAGCGCUAGCGGUAGCAACAUCAUCUCUCCAAACCCACUUUACAAAGAUGCACGUACGUCACUCAGCGAAGAUGGGAUAAACUAUAACACGAAGGACAACUCAAAACUAAUCAGACUCGUCCAGGAUCGUGGUCUCGAGCUACCUAAAACUCGCAUCGAAAUGAUUGAACUACUCGAGAAAAACCCUGCGAAUUAUGAGGCUAAGACGAAGAAAGUGCUGUCUCAGAUGUUGUCAAAUCGUCUUGUGAGGAGGGUGAAAGGCGAUAAGCAGUAUUUGGUUCAGCUGUUGGAGCGGAACGAUGAUGUUGAUCGCGAUACGGGGAAUAUUGAGGAGGGUGCUAAGUAUGGGAAGUUGCUCGCUAUGAGAUUGGCUGGUAGUGCGAUACUUGAAAAGAAAGAGGAGUUGGAGGAGAAUAAUCCGUUUGAAUCAUGUACGGAUGAAGAGCUUCAAAAGCUGAUGGUGAAUUGGAAGUUGGAGAGUUCAGAUAACAGCAAGGUCAUGAUUGAACGAUUGCGGGAACACCAGGAAAUGGCUUUUCAGAAGGAGUUUGAGAGACAAGAGAAGAAUUAUGAUGCGGUUCUUGAUAGGUUUGCGAUUAGAAUGGGGAGAGAUGUAUGUCCUGUCAAGACUUAUGCGAUUGAGUCUCAGUUAGGACCGAUUCGUUGGCUUGAGUGGGAGAUGUGGCUGUAG